AUGGGCUCCCCAUCCGAAGAUUCGUUCAUCGAUAUUUACCUUUACCGAAGGUUUUUUUCACCCGAAGAAAUCGCGGAGGAGGAACAAGUGGUUACGAGUGCAUGUGUUAUCGCGAUACAAGCCAUUCAACACGUUAGGCGUUCUCCUCCACGCCACAUUUUGAGGCGCACUUUUAUCUUGCGAGACCGGGAAGCUGCAAACGAGCAUUUGAUGAAAGACUAUUUUGAUACCACACCGGUUCAUGGGCCGGAUGUUUUUAGACGGCGAUUUAGGAUGAGCCAAAUGUUAUUCUUGCGCAUUAAUGAUGAUUUGGAAGCUAAGUACGACUACUUUAAGCAAAGAAUGGAUGCAAGAGGAUAUCUAGGGUUCACCUCAAUUCAAAAGGUAACUUCCGCUUUACGUAUACUAGCCUACGGAAACACGUACGACAUCAACGACGAGUAUUUGAAGAUGGAGGAGAAAACAACACGAGAUAGCGUGGAAUAUUUCUGCUUCGUUAUAUGGAAAACGUUACUUGAGAAAUCCCACUUGGAACGACCUUCAACAAAUAUACAAAUAUAUGAGCAUGACGAAGUCAACUUACACGCGGUAACCAGUAAGGACCAACUUUGGUUUUUACAAGCGGUUGCGUCAUACGACAUUUGGGUAUGGUUGGCUUUCUUUGGUGUAACCAGGUGUAUAAACGACGUUAAUACCUUCGAAUGUUCACCAUUGUUAGAGAGCUACAUUUCUGGCACGAUACCGAAAGUUGGUUUUCAUGCAAAUAGGAAUGACUACGAGCUUGGAUACUAUCUGGGCAAUGCGAUUCGCCCAAUUCCACAUGAUGGUGACGUCGAAGAAGACUACGAGGAAGAAGAAGUUGAAGAAUUUGAAGUUGGGAACUUUUCAGACGGAGGUUUGGAUAAUGGAGAAAACGAAGAGGAAAAAUGA